UCGUCGGUGGCCCAAACGCAGCAGUUGAUAGCUGAGCAGUGAUUUCGCCAUGGUGUCCGCGACGUCAGCCGCCCUGGCCCUGGUGGCCGCCUUGGCCCUCCUCGCCCCUGGCCGGGCGCGCAACUUUGACACCCCCGCCGGCGACAACGUCCCCGAGAUGGUCACCGAAACCGACCCCAAGUACCAGAUCCCCAAGGGCUUCCUCUUGGGCGCGGGCACGGGCGCGUACCAGUCAGAGGGGGCCUGGGACAAGGAUGGGAAGGGUGUGAGCGUGUUCGACUACCAGUACCACAAGGAGAAUUACCCCACCAACAUGACGGGCGACAUCGCCUGCAACUCGUACGAACGCUACGAAGAGGACAUCAAACUCGCUGCCCAGAUGAACCUCAACGUCUACCGCUUUUCCAUUUCUUGGACAAGGAUUUUUCCCAAUGGCAACAUAGCUGAAAAAAACAACAAGGGUGUUCAACACUACCACGACGUGAUCAAGACAAUUAAAGCAAACAACAUGAAACCAAUGGUCACCAUCUACCACUUCGACCACCCGCAAGCUCUCGAGACCAAGUUCGGGGGCUGGCUGAGCGAGCAGAUGAUAGACGCCUACGCGGACUUCGCGGACUUUCUUUUCUCGGAAUACGGCAGCGAGGUCGAGCACUGGGUGACCCUCAACGAGCCCAACAUGCACUGCAUGAUGGUGUACUUUGGUCUGCUGCCGCCGGGCACCCCGGAUAUGAACGACUCCGCGGCCGACAUGUACACGUGCAUCCACCACGAGAUCCUGGCGCACGCGACGGCCUACCGCCUGUACGAGCAGAAGUACAAGAAGGAGCAGGGCGGCCUCCUGGGCUUCGGCUCCGUCUCCUUCUUCACCAAGCCGAACAGCACCGAGUGGGACGACAUCCUCGCCUCGGACCGCGCCAACAUGUUCGACGUCGGCCUGCUGGUGCACCCGCUCAUCUACGGCGACUACCCGGCCGUGGUCAAGCACACCCUCAAGCUCGCUCACGGAGACAACCCCUACCUGCCCGAGUUUACCGAGGCGCAGAAGAAGACCCUGCUGCCAGGCGCCAUCGACUUCGUGGCUCUCAACGCCUACUUCGGCGUGAAAGUCGCAGAACGCAGGAAGGAUAACGGGGAAGGAGACGCGCCCCGGAUAGGAAUGGUGGGCUUCCGAGCCGACGCCAACGUCUCCAGCGUGUACGAGGGCAUGGGCGCCGACAAUAACGUCUUUGGCGUGAUCACCGCGUGGAUCCUGCGAGAGGCGUCCCUGUGGAUCAGAGCCAACUUCGGCCAGGAGCUGGGCAUCUUCAUCACCGAGAACGGCAUGGGCCUGAUGGACAGCUCGACGGACGACUGGGAGACGCGAGCCGUGUACCACAGCGCCUACCUGCGCGAGCUGAUGCGGACCGUCAACGAGGACGGCGUCAACGUGCUGGGCUACAGCGUGUGGUCCUUGCUAGACGACUUCGAGUGGAGCGCCGCCUACACGCGCGAGUUCGGCUUGGUGCACGUUGACUUCGAGAACGGCACACUCGCCAGGACCCUCAAGAGGUCGCACCACUUCUUCAAGCGCAUGAUGGCGGACCGGUCCGUGCCCCUGGUGCUGGCGUCCUCGACGGCCAGCGCGGCCGCCGCCAUCGCGCCCGCCGUGUGCGUCGUUCUCUACUCAUCUGCUCUCUCGCUGCUCCGCACCCUCUGAUUUAAAGACAAACAUAACAACAAUCUGUGAUACUAGCAAUGUAAUUUUUUUCUCGGCUUUUCCCUCUUAUAGAACAAAAGAGUUUUAAUGUAUGUAAUAAAAAACACAAUAAAGUUG